ACUUAGCUAAACCAUGCAAUGAGGAAGUGUAAGUCAGCACUACUCAGGCAAGGCGGAAAAGUUCGGUUGCGCAUGCGCGAAGCUAAACCUGUACGAUAGGCAGGUCGAGAGUGACGUAGAAGCUCCAUCAGCGAAUCACGAGCGUCCGAUAGCGGAAAAGCGUGAGUGAAUACAGAGCUGUUGCAGCAGUAGCCAACAUGUUUGUGUAGCAUACUACUUAUUUAGGUCUGCACAUUAGAUGUUAAUGAAUUUGCUUUUACCAGUUUUAUUUACUAAAAACUGAAAUGAAGACACUACUUGUAGGAGUUGGCGGGAUGACCAAUGGAGGAAAAUCUACUCUUUCUAGGAGUCUAUACCAGAAGAUACCCAAAAGCUGUCUCAUUGCACAGGAUUCAUAUUUUAAGGAUGAUUCUAUAGUACCAGUGGACAGCAAUGGGUUUAAGCAAUAUGACAUGCUGGAUGCUCUCCACAUGGACACGAUGAUGUGCGAGGUUGACUCGUGGCGUAGAGAUCCUUUGUCGUUCAUGAAGCAACGAGGCCUGAACCCAGAACACACAGCAUCAUCAUCAGCUGAUGAGGAGGUGUAUGUGCUGAUCGUGGAGGGUUUCCUCAUUUUCAACCACAGGUACACGAGGGAGGCUACUGUGCUUAUUUCAGAUAUUAUUGACACUUUAUUUAAGGUCCUAAGAAAGACCUAUGUAGCUUCAUGCUAAUUUCAGAGAAAAUGCAGUUGGUGCAGUGUGAAAUUUGGCUUCAAAUUAAUUAAUUCUAAUUGCUAAUAAGCUGAAUAUUCAACUAUGUGAAGAUUGUCCAGAUUUCCAACUGUUUUUGGAAACUAACCAUUCAGUUGUGGUUUAUCUUUUACCACAAGGGCUGUCCCCCAGGAUUUAUUUUUAAAGAUUAUUUUUUGGGGGCUUUU